GUGUACGUUAUAAAUUGGUUCAGGCUAGUGUACGUCAGUCGUACGCUGUACGCCAGUCGAGUUUUACUAUUUAGAGCAGGAAUUAAGCGAAAUUUUGGGCAUGAUACUAUACCCUAACCUCUAAUGGAUAAACCCCAGUCCCUAAUUCUCUAACCAAAGCCACGAGAUUCAUUUAAUCUAAAAAAUAAUAAUCGACGGUUAUGAUUCAACGAAAUAUAUUGAAGUGCAAAAACCAAGUGUGAACACAGGCGUACAGCGUACGACUGACGUAUGCUAGCCUUUGCCACAUAUAUAAUAGGACUAUGGAUCAUAGUAGGAUGAUUUACAUACUAUUGAGCAAGAACAUCUUUGAAACUAUUGAAUCAAACUCUCAUUAAAACACUACACUUAUGACCAAUAAGACUAAAUUGGAAUCGAUAGCCAAUGAAGUCCCAGAUUUUGAAAUAGCUCUAUGAAAAACUAAAAUAAUCAUUUUGAUUAUCUGAAUAAGGUUGCGACACCUAUUCAGUAGGUGCAAAGUCAUGAAUGAGGAGAAGAUGAAUUUAGACAAAAAAGAGAGUAAUUGGGCUCGAUAGUCAACAAGACCUAAAUUUUUAAAAUAUUAUUAUCUAAAAACACAAUAACUAUUUCCACCACUUGAAUACGGUUGAAAAAUAUGAUUUCAGUGAGCACAAAGUCGUGAAUCAGAAGAAGAUGAAUUUGGCGGUGAGGGAGAAAUUGAAUCAUUUAGAAAAGAGCUUCGUGGCCCUCGAAUGUGUGUCUCCAAACAUAUAAAGAGCAUACUAAAUGGAGUUCUUUCCUGAGGUCCCCACCUCCCAAUCCUACCUCUUCUUCUCAGCUCAGGGAAACCCUGUCUCAUACGAAUCCCUCGCCAAGUAAUCACUUUUUGGUGAUUCACUGUGAUGGGUCGUUCAUUAGUGACUCUCAUGGCGUUGUUGUUGUUAACAACCAUGGACAAGUGUGUGAUGGAUGAGCUAAGAAUCUUUUUUGUUCUACCCCAAUUGAAGCGGAAAGAAAGGAUCUUUUGGAAGGUAUUAAAUUAGCACAAAAAUAUGGAUCCGAGUGCACGGUCCAAUCCGAUUGGCAAGUGCUGGUAAAUGCUUUGAAUCAAAAUCGAUCAAGUUGGCCUUGGCGUUGUGCCGCCUGGAUUGGCUCUAUGUCAUAAUUCUCAGGACAAACCGUUUCAUCAAGGUCAAUGAGGUGUCGAUAGUACUCAAUGUUAGAGCGAUUGGGUUGCACAUUUAAAGGCUAUAGAAUUACUCUUUCAGAUGACUGGAUUAAUAUUCUUGAUCUAAUUUGGUUUCUCUAACGAUUUGUUUGCUGGAAUAAAAGUUGAAAUUAUUGUAAAAAAAAUCUUUACUUCUGUUAGUUUGAUUGUUUAAUAAUAAGAACUGACUUGAUGAUGGCAAUUGUUGACCUUAUGAGGAAGAGCAACAAGUGAUCAAUAAAAACAAGACAAAGACAGUAAAGAAGCAAACUUUGAUACGACAAAGGGAACGGGUCCCCAAAUGAAGCUAUGAAAACGUUCCAAUCCAAUGAAAGGACGAUAAAAAAAAAGGUAGAAAAGAGAGAUGAAAGAUUUGAUGUUCCAGUAACCACUAAAAUCAAGCUAAGGCAGAACAAUGGCGCCAGGGCCGGGCAGAGUAUUCUACUACGUGUUCAUUGUGUUGAAUUGCUGGCACUAUGCAGCUUCAGCUUCUUCUCACGCCGUAGUCACUCACCUUCCCGGAUUCGAUGGCCCACUUCCCUUUCACCUCGAAACAGGAUAUGUCGGAGUGGGAGAAAAAGAGGAAGCUCAGCUGUUCUACUACUUCGUUAAGUCGGAGGGCAAUCCCGUGGAUGAUCCGGUGGUGCUCUGGCUCACCGGCGGCCCCGGCUGCUCUGCUUUAUCCGGUCUCGUUUAUGAAAUCGGUCCGAUGAACUUCGAGAUAGUUGAGUACAAUGGGAGCUUGCCGUCACUCGUCUUGAAUCCGGAUUCAUGGACACAGGUGGCUAGUAUAAUCUUUGUAGAUAUGCCUGUUGGGACGGGAUUUUCCUAUGCAACGUCGAUCGAAGCAUCCCAAUCAAGUGACUUCUUACAAAUUCAACAAGCAUAUGAGUUCCUUAGAAAGUGGCUGAUCGACCAUCCGGAGUUUAUUACCAACCCGGUGUACGUCGGCGGGGACUCUUUUUCUGGGCUCAUUGUUCCAGGCGUAGUUGCCAAUAUCUCAGAUGGGAAUGAGGAGGGCAAGUUUCCAUUCAUAAAUCUCAAGGGGUAUUUGCUAGGAAAUGCUGCAACAGAUCCCCUCUUCGAGAACAACUUCGAAAUCCCAUAUGCAUUUGGCCAUGCAAUCAUCUCUUAUGAACUCUAUCAGUCGUUGAAGAGAAACUGUGGAGGGAAUUACAAAAUCCCUGACCCCAGCAAUUCCGCUUGUUUGACAAAUAUGAAAGCCUAUAAUGAGGCUACUGCUGGGAUUAACCCUGCACAAAUUUUGGAGCCACAAUGUGCCUACGCUUCCCCAAAGCCAAUGGAGAUACUGUAUAGGAAAAGAUACCUGAAGGAAGAAUUUCAAGGAUUCCUGGAGCUCAAUGAUAGACUCCCCACAAUUGGCUGCCGCACUUAUGGAUAUCUGCUAUCAAAGUAUUGGGCCAACAACAAAUCUGUCCAAACAGCACUUCAUAUCAAAGAGGGGAGUAUAGGGACAUGGCAGAGAUGUAACUAUGGAUUGCCAUAUACACAUCAGAUUUUCAGGAGUGUUGAUGAUCACCUGUACCUUUCCGAAAAAGGCUAUCGUUCAUUAGUCUACAGUGGGGAUCAUGACAUGAUGGUGACGUACUUGGGUACCCAAGCAUGGAUAAGAGCUCUGAACUUCUCCAUCGUCGACGAUUGGAGAUCGUGGCACGUCGAAAACCAAGUUGCAGGGUAUACAAGGACUUACUCUAACAAGAUGACAUUUGCAACCGUUAAGGGAGGAGGGCAUACGGCUCCAGAGUACAAACCCCACCAGUGUUUUGCAAUGUUUAGAAGGUGGAUCAGUGGGGAGCCCUUGUAGUUGUACAAUUGUACUUAUCAGCAGUUUCACAUAAUGCAGCUAUGUUUUGAUUUACAUGGCUGGGGCUGCCUUUGUUGUUUGUUCCUCCUUUAUCUUUCUUUUAUGCAUAGUAUGCUAUUAUUGUAAGAACAUUCAUGCAAGGAGGGAAAAGAGAGGAUCUCUACGUUGAACUCAACUUAAGCCAUCAUCAUUUCCACAUUACAGAAUAUUUACAUAUUAUGAACACAUUAUGUAAGACUUAUGAAAAUAUAGUUAUUUCUGAUGUAUCAAUUAAACAAGCGUAUUACGUAACUCUUUCGGAUGGUUAAAGGCAAUAUAUAAAGUUUACAUAUAAAUAGUUAUUUCUUAUAUAUCGGUCAAACCUAUAUUAUCAAAGUCUUUCGUAAUAUAGAUUUCAAGGAAAA